AUGUCUUCUUCCUAUAGGCCGCAUCCGUUGCGGCAAUCGCAAACCGCCGAGUAUCCUGUUUUGCGGCAGUCUUCCAAUGCAUCAUCUUCCGCAUCCUCGGGUUAUUCCAACACCUCAUCCACAACCUACGAGUCUAGCAGGACGCCCAUCACCAUGCCGUCCUCUCCUUCCAGCACCUAUUCCGCCUACGGACACAAGCGGGGGCUGAGCGAGGUCAGUCGACGACCGCCCGCGCUCAACUCAUCCCAAAGUUAUCCUUCGACGCCAAUGGCCGAAAAUAUUUACCAUGCGGCUCGCCAGUCGCUCCGGCCGCUUCCUCAGGUUCCCCGUCCAGUGACGCCUCCUCGCACUUCCAGUCGCCAUGAGCGCGGCCACAGCCUCGACAUUGGCAAGCUGUCGAUUACCGACCAAGGGCGAACCUCGCCAGUUCCGGCGACUCCUCUGACUCCGCCAACGCCGCCACCGCGCUCGCCUGUCGUGCGUCCAACUUCAAUGCUCAUGACGCGCUACGACUCAGUACACCGCAACAGCGGGGAUGCUAGCCCUCCACCACUUGUGCAUGCACAUACUGCGCCUCUCACGACGCCAGACCUCGAGAGACUCGGCCGUUCUUCCACAAACCAACUGCGCACCCUAUCCAAGCUGGCGCAAUCUGGUUCUGCCGAUGAAUUCUCAAUUACCUCCCCUGCGCAGGAAGUUACCGGACUUCGGGGUCGGCGACGGCUGCAAAGGACCGACAAGUCCGGACCGAACCGGCCCGCUCAGCGUACUGGCGGAUAUGGCUGGGAGGGACGGAACUGGAUGGAUAAGCAACGUCAGUUCCUUCAGGCGUACGAGUACCUGUGCCACAUUGGUGAGGCCAAGGAGUGGAUCGAGGACGUGAUUCAGCGCACCAUUCCCCCCAUCGUAGAACUAGAGGAGGCAUUGAGGGAUGGCGUCACCCUCGCCGAGAUUGUUGAGUCGCUCAAUCCACAUCGUCGAUACAAAAUCUUCCACCAUCCACGGCUUCAAUACCGUCAUUCAGACAAUAUCGCCAUAUUCUUCCGCUACCUCGACGAAGUUCAGCUCCCCGAUCUUUUCCGAUUCGAGCUCAUUGACCUCUACGAAAAGAAGAACAUCCCGAAAGUCAUCCACUGCAUCCAUGCUUUGAGCUGGCUUCUUUAUCGCAAAGGCAUAGUGAGCUUCCGCAUCGGCAAUCUAGUCGGCCAGCUUGAAUUCGAGCAUCAUGAGCUGGAGGCUACGCAAAAGGGCCUCGAUAAGCUGGGAGCUAAUAUGCCUAGCUUCGGCAACAUGGGAGCCGACUUUGGGGUUGAGGAGACACCCGAGCCGGAGGAGACCGAGGAAGAACGGAUCGACAGAGAGCUCGCCGAGAAUGAGCCAAUGAUUAUCGACUUUCAAGCACAAAUACGAGGAGCAAUGGUUCGAUUGCAGCUUGGAAACCUCAUGCAAAGUCUUUGGGAGUCUGAGAAUAUGUUGAUCGACCUCCAAUCCCGAAUUAGAGGUGAUUUCGCGCGCCAAAUUGUGGGUUAUCGUCUCCAGAUGAAGCGCUUCGCCACUGGACUCCAAAGCGCUGUCCGGGGUUUCCUCGUGCGCCGUCGGCAAGCGAAGACACAGCGGUUUUGGAAGAGCACAGAACGAGAUAUCGUGAAACUUCAGAGCUUGGUGCGGGCAAGCAAGAUCCGCAGUGAGGUACGAGAGCAGCAUUCUCAACUAAUGGUGGCGGCGGGUCCCAUUCGAAGCAUCCAAGCAACGUUCCGGGGUUUCCUCCUCCGUGAACGCAUGCUUGCUCAGCAGCAGGAAGUCCAGCAUACAGCCGCUCCGGUGGCCGGGCUCCAGGCUGCAGUUCGCGGGCUACUGCUAAGGAAGAAGAUUAACGAGGAUUGGAAGAACCUGCAGUCGCAGGCCAGCGUCAUCGCCGGCUUGCAGGCUGCUGCCAGAGCUGCGCUGACUAGAAAACAGAUCGCGCUGGAAAAACAAGCCCUCGCGAGCCUCGCGCCCAUGUGGGAGACACUGCAAGCCGUCUGCCGUGGGAACCUUGCUAGGGGCAAUGUCAAGGUCCUCAAAGCCGAACUCCAGGAGCAUUCGUCAAACCUGGGCCUUCUUCAAGCCCAUAUAAGGGCUGGGGCGGUGCGCAAAGAGAUAUCAGAGAAGCUUGAGGGUCUUUCUGAAGCUGAGGAUACCAUCGUGACCCUGCAGUCCAUUAUCAGGGGCAUGCAUGAAAGGAAGCGCCUGUCCGACCUUCUCGACGCACUCAGCCAACAAGAGGACUCAAUCAUUGAUCUUCAAUCACGUAUCCGCGGCUCAUUAUACCGGCAACAACAUCAAAACUUUGUUGGCGAGCUUAAAGCAAAUGAGGAAGAAGUCACUUCGCUUCAGUCUCUCGCCAGAGCAAUGCUUCUUCGGUCCAAUGUCGCCAACAUGCUUGACGAACUCGAAGCACACGAGGAAUCCAUUGGAGAGAUUCAAGCUGCAGCCAAGGCGUUCGUUGUCAGGGCGAAGUUUGAAGAGAAGAAGCGGUUCUUCAAUGAAAACAUGCAGAAGGUGGUUAAGAUUCAAAGCUUUGUGCGCGCCAAACUUCAAGGGGAGGCAUACAAGAGCCUCAUAUCCGGCAAUAACCCUCCCGUCAACGCCGUCAAGAAUUUUGUCCACCUACUUAACGACAGCGACUUUGACUUCAACGAAGAGAUUGAGUUUGAGCGGCUUCGCAAGACCGUGGUCCAGCAGGUCCGGCAGAACGAGAUGCUGGAGCAGUACAUUGACCAGCUGGAUAUCAAGAUUGCCCUCCUGGUGAAGAACAAGAUUACGCUCGACGAGGUGGUCAAGCAUCAGAGCAAUUUCGGCGGCCACACCAGCAGCCUCCUCGCCAACAGCUCCAUUGCGAGCGCGAACCAGUUCGAUCUCAAAGCCUUGAACAAGAGCUCGAGGAAGAAGCUUGAGUCCUAUCAGCAGCUCUUCUUUGCUCUCCAGACGCAACCUCAAUAUCUUGCCAGACUGUUCAAGCGUGUGCGCGAGACGGGCACACCCGAUAAGGAGUGCAAGCGGAUCGAGCACUUGAUGAUGGGCCUGUUUGGCUAUGCGCAAAAGCGGAGAGAGGAGUAUUAUCUUCUGAAGCUCAUCGGACGAUCCAUUCGGGAAGAAGUCGAUGCCUGCAACAAUCUCCAGGACUACCUCCGCGGCAACUUCUUCUGGUCCAAGCUCUUCCACAAUUACACCAGGUCUCCGCGCGACAGGAAGUAUCUGAGGGACCUUCUGGGCCCUAUGAUUAGGGACAACAUUAUCGAGGAUCCCGAGCUUGACCUGGAGAGCGACCCUAUGCAAAUCUACCGCUCUGCCAUCAAUAACGAGGAGCUGCGGACUGGCCGUCCCAGCAAUCGGCGCCUCGAUAUUCCUCGCGAGCUCGCCAUCAAGGAUCCGGAGACCAAGGCGGUCUUCAUUGACCACCUACGGGACCUUCGCGAGAUCUGUGAUCAAUUCCUUCUGGCGCUAGAAGACCUUUUGCCUCGCAUGCCGUACGGGUUACGCUUUGUCUGCAGGCAGACCUUCGAUGCUCUCUGCCAACGGUUUCCGCGCGAACACCAGACGCGUCUGCUGCAGGUGGUCAGUAACUGGCUCUGGAAGUUCUAUCUGCAGCCGGCCGUCACAGCUCCCGAGAACGUCGGUGUUGUUGACAAGCAACUGAGUCCGCUCCAGAAGCGCAACCUAGGAGAAGUUGCCAAGGUGCUGAGCCAGAUUGCCUCGGGCAGGCAGUUUGGUGGAGAAAAUAUCUACCUUCAGCCUCUCAACGCUUUUGUCGCAGAAUCCAUCGAGCGUCUAGCAGUUUUGACCGAGAAUCUCAUUACGGUUCCCGAUGCAGAGAGCACCUUCGACAUUGACGAGUUCAACGACCUGUAUGCGAAGAACAAGCCGACGCUGUACAUCAAGAUGACCGACAUCUUCGCCAUCCACAACCUCAUCGCCUCUGAGCUUCCUCAUUUGAGCCCAAAUCGGGACGACAUGCUGCGGGAAAUCAUGCAAGAUCUUGGCAGCGCGAAGCAUAACGAGAGCGAAAUGACCGCAGCCGGUUCGUCCGACAUUCAGAUGUUCCUGACCCCCAAGCUGCACGACCUCGAGGAUCCGGAGGCAGACGUCAAGGCGCUGUUCAUGGAGACGAAGCGGUGCAUCUUGUACAUUAUUAGAGUGCAAACGGGUACCAACCUGAUGGAGAUCCUCGUCAAGCCCAUCAGCGUCGAAGACGAGCACAAGUGGCAGAUGCUCCUGCGGGAGGACUUCUCCAACGGCUCCAACACACGAGGUGCCUACUCGGAUGCGAACAUGGUCGACGUGACGAGGAUGUCGUACUCCGACUUGAAGAGAAUGGCUCUCGAAAACAUUCUGAGGCUGGAGCAGAUGGGCCGCAUCUCACGACACAAUCACUACCAGGACGUCCUGAACGCCAUCGCCGUCGACAUCCGCACGAAAAGUAGGAGGAGAGUGCAGAGGCAGCGCGAGCUUGAAGGCGUCCGUCUGACGUUGGCCAACCUGCACGAGAAGGCAAAAUACCUGGAGCAGCAGCGCAAGAGCUAUGACGACUACAUCGAGCAGGCGAUGGCAACCCUGCAGAACAAAAAAGGAAAAAAGCGCUUCCUCCUCCCCUUCACAAAGCAGUACAACCACCAGCGCGAGCUCGAGCGCUCCGGCCGCGUGCCCAAGUUUGGCUCGUACAAGUACAGCGCGCGCGCCCUCUUCGACAAGGGUGUGCUCGUCUCCUGGGCGGGGAUUCCCGAGCGCGACUGGGGCCAGAUCAACCUGACAAUCUCGUGCGACGAGGUGGGCGUCUUCAGCCUGGAGGGCUCCCGCGGCCACAUCCAAAUGCCGGGCGCCAGCGCCCUGGUGCCCAUCGAGGACCUGCUGCAGGCCCAGUUUGAGGCGCACCAGUUCAUGACGCUGUUUGAGGGCGGGCUGAGGCUCAAUGUCAAUCUGUUGCUGCACUUGUUGUAUAAGAAGUUUUAUCGGACGCAGUAG